CCGUGGUUGAAGGCGGUGGAGAGGAGUCGCUGGGAGAGGGAGCGGUGAGCGAAGGCCGUGGGGGUGUCACUGGAAAAAUCUGCUCCAGAGCAGGGCUACAAACGCCAAGGAAGACGAACCCGCAGUGUUUUGCGUGCCCAAAAUACACCGUUCAUAUCAGUGAAAGCAAGUCCUAAAGCUUUUGUGUGAUAGGGACGCGGUUUUUACCUACCUGACAUAUGUUUGGUCAUGAAGGUUUGACUGGCCUCCAGAAGUCUCGUCUUUGACAGGAUCCCAUAGAGCAGUUGCAGUACGCAUUACGGAAAGACACAGGAAAUGGUGAACAGCUGUAUGAAUGUCCAAUGUGCAGUCUUACCUGUACAAACAUUCAGAUUCUUGAAGAACAUGUGGAUUUACACUUAGAGGAACAUAGCUUUUCAGAAGGUGGAAACAUAACAGAUCUAGAACUGGCUCAAUGGCUCCAAACUGAAGAAGAUAAACAGCAGAGAUCAGAAGAGGAGAAGCGAGAGAGGGAAGAAUUUAAAAAGCUGCAGAGACAGUAUGGCUUGGAUAAUUCUGGAGGCUACAAGCAGCAAUUCCUAAAGAAUAUGGAAAGGGAAGUUGAUAGAGGAAGGAUGCAGCCUUUUGAAUAUCACAAGAGAAAAGCUGACAUGAUGGAAUGUUUGGCUUUUGGUAUAGAUGAUGGGAAGACAAAGACCUCAGGAGUCAUUGAAGCAUUGUGCAAGUACUAUCAGAACGAAAACAAAGAUGUGAGGCAUGUGUGGCUUUCAACAGGAGUAGAUCACUUCCACUCAUCUUUGGGCGACAGAGGCUGGGGUUGCGGUUACAGGAAUUUCCAAAUGCUCCUUUCCUCACUGUUGCAAAACAGCUUGUAUAAUGACUGCUUGAGAGAUACUACACUAAUUCCUAGUAUACCAAAGAUUCAGUCCAUGAUUGAAGAUGCCUGGAGAGAAGGCUUUGAUCCUCAUGGGGCAUCUCACUUCAACAACAGGUUACACGGUUCCAAAGCAUGGAUAGGAGCAUGUGAAAUUUAUUCACUGUUAACCAGUCUCAGGAUAAAGUGUCAAAUCAUUGACUUUCACAAACCAACUGGCGCUAUGGGUACACACCCUCGUUUAUUUGAGUGGAUUUUGCGUUACUAUUCUACAGAUAAUGAAGGUGGUGCAAAGGUAGCGUGUACUUCCAAACCACCUAUCUACUUGCAACAUCAAGGUCAUAGUCGUACAGUUGUUGGAAUAGAAGAGAGGAAGAACAAAACCUUAUGUUUGCUACUGUUUGACCCAGGAUGCCCUUCACAAGAAAUGCAGAAACUGCUAAAACAAAACAGUGAUGGUACUAGUCUCAAACUCCUUCGGAAAUUUGUGGGUAGCUUAAAAGAAAAGCAAUACCAGAUAGUGGCUAUAGAUGGUGUACUCUCAUUGGAAGAGAAAGCUGCUCGCUGCCAUGAUUCUCAGGUCUUAACAUCAGAGAAGAUUCCUUAAAGGAUGUCUUUAUUACCUCUUUCUGGAACUUGCUGGAUGCAAAACAUUAAACUUGCAGACUGUGACCCUAACUUAACAAUUCCUAGACUUAAACUAUGUCUCCAUAAAUAGCUGGGGGCUCUGGAGAAGCACAACGCUGGAGUGAACCUGUAGUUUUGAUCUUCAAACAAAACUCUGCCCUCCUGUUGAAUCUGUAACUGAAGUAUUACAGUCCUUGUCUUACUAGAAAAUUUGGUAUUUUCUUAGUUGCUCAAAUUACCAAGCAACACCUACCAUCCCAUAGGAAACUAUGCACUGUAGAUAACUGUCAGGAAGCAGUGGAUAAAGAUACUAUGGAACUACUUUAUUGGAGUACCUGGUCAUGGUUUACCUCUGUAAAUAUGUUUAUGCUGCCUCUGUGGCCAGUGCCCUAUUUCUUACCAAAUUUGAUCAACAAAUAUCUAUUAUGCCUCAGCAAAUUCUCCUGCAACUAUUUGCAAAGUACAGAGACAGUUCAGUGAUUUCACAAUACAGUCUGUUCCACCAGGGAUUAGUUUACUACUGAACUUGUAAACAUGAGCAUGUGUGCUUACGAGGUAGUUCAGUGUUAGCGUUGGCUGUGAGGUGUAAGAUAGUGGUGGCCAAAGUGGGGUGCAUGUGCUUUAGGGGCUGUGCAAG